AUGAACAUUAUUCGCAUCAUUAUACUUUUAAUAGCCACCGGCGCCCUCAUUUCGUGUAACAGCAACAAUGACAAGCCGCCUGUUAAGGAAGAAAAGGAAGCUCACCAGCACGAAGAAGAAGAAGGCAAUACAGUCUCGAUCACCGCAGCACAAAUAGCGGCUAUUGAUAUUAAAUUGGGGACGCUGGAACAUAAAAACCUGUCGACCUCUAUCCGUGUGACGGGUAAGCUGGAAGUGCCGAACCAGAAUAAAGCAUCGGUUACUUCUUUGUACAGCGGCGUACUCAGAACGCUGGAUAUACAUCCCGGCAGUCCGGUACGUAAAGGACAGGUUUUAGCGACCAUUGCCAAUACCGAUUUCAUCAAUAUACAACAGGAGCUCAUUUCUAUUAAUUCGCGGCUGAAACUGGCAGCACUUGAAAAAGACCGGCAAAAAGAAUUGGUGGCAGGGAAUGCAGCGCCCCUAAAAAACCUGCAACGGGCAGAGUCUGACUUUAACAGCCUGAAGGCACAACAACAAGCCUUGCAGCAGCACCUGGCUACGCUCGGCAUCAGCCCGGCCUCUGUAACGAAGGACAAUGCUUACGGCAUGGUGAUAGGUGUUUAUAAAGCUGGCAGGACAUCUAUAAUGGGCUACGGUUCGGUAGAAAAAGGAACGGCUACGUUGCCGGACAGUAACACACUUUUUGAAUUGGCGUCUACCAGUAAAUUGUUUACAACAUCCACCUUACAAAUACUCUGUGACAAGGGCGUCCUAAAUCUUGAUGAUAAAAUCGCGGACCUGUUAAAAGGAAAAGUAGAAUUACCACCUAUUGCGGCGCAGACCACGCUUCGUCACCUGGCCACACAUACCUCCGGCUUUCCCUCCUUACCGGAAUCGUUCAUUGCAAAGAUGACAGACGAAAACAAUCCUUACGCGGCACUUCAAAUGCAGGAUCUCUAUGACUACCUGAAGACUUGUACCGGCAAACAAAAAGAAGGGACUUUUGAAUAUUCAAACUUUGGUAUGGGGCUGCUGGGCCAGCUGAUUGCACUGAAAACCAAUAUGGAUUAUGAAGCAUUGGUAAAGACGGAAUUACUAUCGCCACUGGUCAUGAACGCAACUACGGUAACCCUGGACAGUGCAUCAACCCGGCUACUGGCGCAGGGCUAUAAUGAAACCGGUGCACCCAACCCGGUAUGGACCGAUCAUGUGCUCACCGGCGCCGGUUCUUUUAUUUCCAAUGCUGCCGACAUGAUUAAAUUCAUCAAAGCUAAUCUUGCAGAUGGAGAUACACGCAUCAACAUUGUUGCCAAUAGCAAUAAUGUUUGUACGGGCACACCGGUAACCUUCACCAGUACGACGGUAAACAGCACCAGCUCCGCAACUUAUCAGUGGCAGGUAAACGGCGUCAACAGGGGCGGUAAUACCAACACCUUUACCUAUAUCCCUGCCAACGGAGAUAUUGUCACCUGUAUACUUACCAACCCCGGUUCCUGCUCCGGUAUCUCUACAGCGAAAAGUAACAGCAUCACCAUGGUCACCAAUAAUAUCCAGGUACCGCCUGUAGUGACAAUUGCCAAUCUCAAAGAAGGAUUUUGCAUUGACUCGGCCAGUGCAUUGAGGGCUGUGACUACCAAUGCAGGCACCCCUUCGUUUCAAUGGUAUAAGAACGGCGCUCUCGUGGGCAACAAUGCCGUCUAUAAUGACCCUGCGCUUGCCACCGUAAAUCCCCGUCAUCAUCUCGGCUAUCGAGGGCCGACUCUUCAGGGUCAGCAUCUUCCAGGUCACGGUUCUGAUCGGCAGCCGAUAACAUCCGGAUAUCGUCUUCCGUGA